AUGCGUCGAUCCGAAACCUUUAAGAUUGAUAUCUCAAGGUACACGGAAAACGAUGAAGAUUACCUUUUGAGAUGGUUCGUCGAGCUAGACGAUGCCAUCAGAGCCUGUCAUUUCGAGGGUGACGAGAUGCAAGUCACCUUCGCCCUGUCAAAUUUGACGGGACGAGCAAAGACUUGGGCCUUAGGGCUCAAGCUUCACGACCCAAACGUGUUUGAGUUGUUAAAGAUCUUGAAGUCUUUGCUCAAUGAGACGUUUGAGCCGCCGAGAGCCGAGUUCAGAGCACGCUCUGCAAUCUUGAGGCUAAAGCAAGGUAAGCGUGAUGUGCACGCUUACGCACUUCACUUCUGCUACCUUGCUAGUAGCGUCACGGAGCACCCUGUUGAUGAGCCAACGCUCAUUAACGUUUUCAUCGACGGCCUUGUGGAUGGACCGGUGAAGACCUACAUGUUCCAAGAGGACUUCCAUACGCUGGAAAAGGCGAUAGCGUAUGCGGAACUAGAAGACUUCAGCCUGAGACAGUCUGAGGCUAGCUCGUCAAACUAUCUUGUGACGAAACGACAGGAAACCGGCGGUCUCGAACCAAUGGAUCUCUGUUAUAUCGAUAUCGAGAACUCUCGCUCUCUGAUUUACAAGCGAACGGCAAGAUACCAUCGCUGUCAAAAGAUCGGACACUACGCUCAUGAGUGUAGUGUCAUAAACGCCGCAUCACGUCCAAAGACAGGACGUGAUGGAAACCGUUGGCCAAGUAAAGGUCCAAGGCGUGGGUCCGACCAUGUCGCUAAGCCUCGACAGCAAGUCGGAGCGUCAAAAAAACGGACAGGGUCAGUAGAGAUGGAGCACCUUGCUUGUCCAGCAACGUCAAAUGAAUUUGCAGGACUCUUGAAGAAGAUUGAUCCCAACACACAGUCGCUGUGUGUUACUGCCCCUAGUGAUGAAGUGUUCCUCAUCACUUUGAAGAUCGAAGUGACAAGUGGGAUGUCACUUUGCGCCCUGGUUGACUGUGGGCCGUCAAUCAGUUUUAUUCGACGCCAGUUGCUAGAACAUAGGAGGCUCGACUACGUUGAGCGAGAGUUCCCUUCAACAAGGAUGACGGUGUGCCUUGCUACAGGCGCAUCCGUAACAGUAAACAAACGUGCAGUGUGA